AUACAAUACUCUUUACUCGUCGAGAAAUAUAUGUCAAGUCAAUGUUCCGGUGUCUGUGUGUAUGAACCUGAUGAUGUACAUUGGUGGACCCUUUGCCAAGAUUUUCAAGCCUCGGUGUAUGAACAACCAUGCCUCAGCUUCUCCGGUCGCGAUUCCUGCUCAACCCAUCCUCUCGAUGAAGUACGGCCAUCCAUCAUGAACCGCAUACGAGCCUUCUCAGGCCAGCAUCCCGCGCUGCGCGGAAUUUCCAGACGAUUUGCGCACACCAAAGAACCAGUCACCACCAAUGUAGCUCCGAUAGUGAGACGUCGAUUGCGUACAGAGUACAUGUGGUACGGCUUCGUAUUUGCAUCGGGCGCAGGAAUCGGCCUCAUCCUCAGUCAUUUUGCUGCACCCGCUCCGCUCCCUCCUCAUGGCAGCCGGGAAGACCAGCUUAACAUGCAGGCUCUGACCAAUGAGGUCGACGAUUUGGAGAUCGUAAAGUACAUGCGCUCACAGAGCCCUGCGUUGCGUUCCAGAUUGCCGGAGUCAACGAAAGACGCGCCCGAGCAGCCCACUGACGACUCGGUAGCGGAAUCUAAGCCCAAAGAAUGGGUGGAGUUGGACUUCAAGACGAACAUCACAGAAUCGAAGGACGAGGGUUCGCAGAGUACACGGACGAUUACACACCAGACUUUGGCGGGCUACAAAGGCUUAGGAGUGCAACGCGCAUUCUGGAAUGCAGAGACAAAGGAGUUGGUAGCUGUGGUGUGGAUAGGGGCAUCAAUGAGCGGAUGGCCAGGAGUUGCUCAUGGCGGCUUGGUAGCAACCAUAGUCCAGGACUGCAUGUCGAGAAUGGUCGCAGGGCCUGAUGCGUCCCUCGACACAGCACCCCUCCCAAUAUCCCUGGGUGUUACUUAUGCUAAACCCACUUUGAGUGCGAGCUUCUAUGUCGUUCGCGCAUCUUUCACAAAACCAAAGUCACCGCAGACCGAACCUCCGCCCGACUCCGAACCCGCGCCCGCCAAAUCAUGGCUACCGUGGUGGAAGGAUCUCACGAAGAAGGAACAGAACGAUGGAGCGCAGAAAACGGUUGAGAUAUUGGGUACUCUGGAGAAUCUCCGAGGAGGCCUUCUCGUCAGGGCCAAAGGCACAUUUCCGGCUGCGAGUACGAAGAUCUGA